GCCCUGCUAGGGCGUGCCGGCGGAAAGACAUGGUUGUUGUUGUUGGGUGGUGGUGAUGGUAACUGUCGGUCGGUGGCCGCCUGGUUUUGUAGGGUUGGUUGGUUGGCGGUGGUCGCACAGGCGAUUAGGAUGCGCGCUCUCUAAGUAUGUCGAGGCGGGAUUAUGGCAGCAGUGCCGGAAUGACGAAAGUGCACGCGGGAGAUGAGAUGAGAGCGUGGUUUGGAAGAAUGCGGAUAGCGGUAAACAACCAAGCAAGGAGAGAGAGAACGCAAAACCAAAGGGUAUCUCAGAAUUAUAGAAAAGAGAAAACAGAAGACAGACGGACGGGGAUGAUGAGAGUCGUCGAGGCGGCGGCGGUGGCCGGCCCUUAUAGCAGCCGCAUGCAGCAGAGAGUCACAGCAAAGAUGUCAGCCCAACACAAGCCAAGCGAACGGCGGCCCGCCCCACGCCGUGGCCUUUCCUCCCCGCUCGCGCCAAACAACCAACGAAGGAAGCAUGUUCGCGCGCCAGUCAAAGUGCUGAAACCGGUGGAUCACGGUCGUUUUGCGCUCGGCCGUGCUCCGGAGCGCCCCGUGCGAGCCGCGGAGGAGCUGCGCGCGACCAGCCACCAGCGUCCAAGUCCGCCCUUCCGCCGCCGCCGCUCCAGCUGCCGCCGUGCUACGGGACACUACACGCUUGGCUUCAGGGCCCGGGGCCAAAAAUAGGCGGGAGCGGGCGCCUGCAGCGAGCUCUAGCAGUGCAGUUGCGCGCCUGCUGCGACGCGACGACCAUGUCCAAGUGUGGAUACUAGUUUGCAUGCAUCGAAGUGUUCCAGACGGUGUUUGUCUGUCGGACCAUUUUCCCUUAGGCAGCUGAGGGCGAGGCUGUGGCAUGUCGCCAAGCCUCAUGAUCUACGGCCAGCGCACCCUCUGUCU